UAUUGUCAUUGUACACACUAGCGUUGCAUGCGAACGCACGUACGUACGGAUUCCGUACACAGUCUGUGAUCGAACUGUGAUCUUUUUUACCGAACUAUUUUUCACGUUUUGGAUAUUAGAAUGGAUAGGAUCGGUACCAGGAGUGUCUUAGUAACUCUUCUCCUUGUAUUCAUAACACAGGUUUAUGGAGAGCUCUGCCCAAACACCGACAAUGUAUACUGCAACGAGGAUGAGUAUUGCUGUGAUAACCAGUGUUGUCAGAAUUAUAAUGACUUCUACUACGGGGGAUUUUGGAACAUUUGGUAUUUCUGGUUUAUCAUUUUCUUCAUCUUGAUGACCUGCUGUGGCGGCUGCGGAUUCUACCGUCGACGUCAGGCCUACCUGAACCAGAGGAACAGUACCGUGAUCCGCACCCAGCCCAUCGUGGUCCCGCCACCCAGGCCCCAGGCUCCGGGCCUCAUAGGAGUCUAUCCAGCCCAGCCGAUACCCCAGGGGGCCUUCCAGGGCCCACCGUCUUACAAUGAGGCUGUAUCCAAACCGUACCUCUACCCCAAAUCGGAGACAGUGUACCCACCCCCGACCGUACCCGUGAACGGAGCCGUGCCCCCGUCCCAGCCAGGCCCAGCCUAUCCACCGGACGGCGCCUACCCGAACCCAGCCUACCCCCCUCAGCAGACGACCUACUACCAGAGCGGAAUGCCUAUGCCUCAGCCGGAAGGCCAAGUUAGUCCCACGCCGGCCCCUCCCCCCUACGCGGCAGCGACUGCUGGUGAUGCGACACAAGCGACUGCCCCGCCAGCAGCCUCAUGAGUUUGACAACCGCACUUUUUCCCCCUUUUUUUUGUUUCCACCUUUUUUUUAUAUCGAACUAGUGAGUAAGUGCAGUAUAUACAGUCUACAAUUUUUGAAAGAAUAAACUCCACACUUUGUACUGUCAAUAAUUAGAAUAAAAUAAUAACAAAAUGUCACUCAAAGUUAGGGCCAUGUCACAUAAAGCAAUACAUUACAAGCGACUGGCUGUAGACAAUCUCUAAGAAACACAUGUCAUUACAAGUCCUCACAAAUUCAUCACAAGUCCUCACAAAUUCAUCGUGAGUAUUUCAGUUUCAAGUCGAGUCAUGAGCUAUUUCAAUGUAGAAUGCCAUGGUCCAGUGGUUGUGUACAUUGUUUGACUCACGUACAAUGGUACGUAGGUUUGAACCCUGCCAGGAACAUGGUGUUUGUGCCCUUGGGCAAGACACUUAACUACAAUUGCCUCUCUCCACUCGGGAGUAUGAAUGGGUACCUGUGAGGGUAGAGGACUGAGUUUAGGUGAUAUCGGCUGCUGCGUGGUCUCGUGGCCUGAUGAACGGGGGAAUAAUUGUAAAGCACUUUGAGAUUGUUGAUACGAUGGAAAGCGCUAAGUAAGCAUUACAAUUUAAUCAAUGAACUAUGACAAACGCAUUCCUUUGUUAUUGCUCAUCCCAGCUAACUGGUGAUUGGAUUUGUGAUUUUACUUGUAAAUAACUUAUGACACGACUUGUGAUGGAAUACAGCACUGUCUUUUUCAUUUUUAUUUGUCUUUUUAUUUUUUUUCAUUUAAAGAACAGUGAAUUCAUAUACAAUAUAACUUGGAGCAUUUUAACAUUUCAGUAAUUGUAGAUGCUGAAAGAAAAUUUGGAGGUAAAACAGGGGUUCCUUUCAAAAACACCGAACAUAUUUUUGGCGAAAAGGUGUAGAGAGUAUGUGCAUUAUUAGAGUGUUGGAGUACAAGAAUCAUUUCGGACUUGGUUCUCACCCCCAAAAAGUCAAAAUUUUAAGAUGGAAUUUUUUUUAGAGUCUGUUUCAGAGACACGCAAUCGUUAUUGUUAAUCACCAAACCCAUAUAAUCUCCCUAUGUGUGUACUGUUAAUUUUUGUGUACGUAACCAUUUUAAGAUAUAUAUUUUUUCACUUUGAAACUUGUAAAUUGAUACCGAUUAAAAAAAAAAUUGUAAUCUGUCUAAAUUUAUAUCCUUACAGGAAAUUGAGGUUUGUGAACUUAUAUUGCAAAAAAAAAAAUGAAAGUGGCCACGUUAUUGAACUAUACUCUUGGUAUGGAAUUGAACUUGACAGAUUUUGUAGGAUUGAGGAAGGUAGAUCCCAGCUACUGUUGCAUUACAUGGGGCUUGAUGGACCUUGAAACUUGGUAGGUACAAAGAGUGUGCCAGUGGGUUCCUGCAAAGUGGAGGAUUUUGUAGGAUUGAGGAAGCAAUACAGCCCAGUACUUUACAUGGGGCUUGAUGCCUCUUGAAACUUGGUAGGUACAAAGAGUGUGCCAGUGGGUUCCUAGAGCAUGAUGGAUUUUGUAGGAUUGAGGAACCUGCAGGCUAAUUACUUUGCAUGCGGCUUGACACCCCUUGAAAAUUUAACAAAGUUUUAAAAAGUCCUUUAGCUUUUGGGUUGUUAGGGUUCCUUUAAGUCUGAUGUACAAGUCACUAUAAACAGCCUACUACAAAUUGUGAAAAUCGAUUUUCAGAAUUAAGGGGGUGAACAUGUAAAAAAAUACCAAUUUACUACAUUAUUGUACUUAACAAAGAUUGUCUCUAGGUGGGUUUGCACGUUAAGUGAAUGAAAGGUACUGGCUCAUUUUUUUUUUCAAUGAUAAAUAUUUAAUUCUCAUUAAAGGAAUAUUAGGUUAGAUUGUAUUUUAGAUCUGAGGUGUAAUGAUCUCUGUUUUUUUCUUCUUCAAACUAGUAGUUUUUGUCACAUCAGUGAAUCCAAGGUUUUUUUAAUGAUAACAUUCGCAUAAUUCAGUGCAUAUUGUUUUUAAGUGAAUAUUUUCGGUAUAUAGUUUGGCAGUUAUAAGUGUGAUACUGUCAAUUAAAGCCACUUUCAUUGUCACGUGAUGUCAUUGCAUGUCACUCAAUGCCAUUGUCACGUAAAGCAAUUGUCACUUUAAGCCAUUGAGGAAACAAAAUCAGCUCAGACACAGCCUAUGACUCUGUAAUCGAAUCAAGUAAACUUAAAUUUUAAAAAGUAUAAUUGUCACGUUUUUCCUUCAAAUGUUUGAUAUUUUUGCUCUGUAAUUAUUGCAUUUUAAGUAUCUAUGUGUAUAUAUCAGGCACAA